AAAUUACGUGCAACCAUAAGGCACACGUGACGUCAGAUGGUCAUUAACAUACUACUGGGUAUUUAUGGGAUGAUUGCGACGCAAGACGUUACUCUGCUCCUGGGCUGACGGGACGUGAACCUGGUUUGAUUUCUCUCUCAGUUAAAACCAUUCGAGCUUCUGCAAGCAUGGCCGAUAAACCUGACAUCUCUGAGGUCACCACCUUCGACAAAGGAAACCUGAAGAAGACGGAGACGCAAGAGAAAAACACACUGCCGACCAAAGAAACCAUCGAACAGGAGAAGGCAGAGUCGUAAUGAAGACCAAUCCUCCCAUGCUCUACAUCCCAUGCUCUUUACCUCCCUCUUCCAACAAGCAUUUAAAUAGCAUUUCUACAUGACUAUUGUAAAUUCCUCAUCAUUCAACUUGACUAAAUGGCUUUGAAGUGGCUGCGUAGACGU